GACACGAAAAGCAAAAGUUGCACGUAGCAUUGUUUGAAUUCUUUGCAGAGUUGGUGUCGGAGUGCUUUUGGAGUGCUUGAUGAAACUGGACCUCAAAGCGUCACACUCGCAUGCGUAAUGCGUCCCACGACACCAAGACGACGAAAGGGAGCUGCUCCCCAAAAGCGAUCUCCCCCCGCCCCUGCACCAACUGUAAGGACUAGACGUGAUAGCGGACCAACAGAGGCCUCUCCUCGGAAGAAGAGGAGGUUCCGACCUGGCACAAAAGCCCUGAUGGAGAUUCGGAAGUAUCAGAAAUCCACCAACCUUCUGCUUCGCAAAGCACCCUUCUCCCGUCUGGUGAGGGAGAUCUGCAUGAGUUUCAGUCGACAAGACUUCAGGUGGCAGGCCUACGCUCUUCUGGCUCUUCAGGAGGCAGCUGAAGCGUUUCUGGUGCUUCUCUUCUCCGAUGCCAACCUGUGCGCCAUCCACGCCAAACGAGUGACCCUCUUCCCCCGAGAUCUGCAGCUGGUACGCCGCAUCAGAGGAGUGGAAAGACUCUGAGGCAAGACGGCUGCCAACCUGGCGAUGGCACAUUCAAGGAACUUCGUACAACCUUUUGGUAGGGGAUACCGCUGACAAUGGCUGGAGAGAAUCCGGUUCUGUUCUGGCCCUGUCUGAUCUAAAGUGGACUUAAAGAAUAACGGAACCAUGCCGGAUCUAAUCAAGAACCAUUCCACAGUCAACUACUCUGGUGGAAAGAGAUGCAAGUGCAGGGACUGCUUAUGGCUGCAUGGUCAGAGACACAGUCAUUUUAUUAUUUUAACAUAAUGUUCUUGGAGUUUUAAAGCUGUAAAUUAAUUGUGUGUGUGUGAACAAUGGAUGUUUUUAAUGUACUGAGUUCUUCAUUAUGUGGUUGCUCAGAGCUGACUGAUCAGCACAGUCAGACUGUGGGGCCACGUGUUGUUUUUUUGUUUUUCCUGUAUGUAUAAUACUCAUGCUGUUUGUAUGAAUAAAUUGUGAUACUUUUA